AUGAGCAAGGUUCAGGGCUCUGUGUCAUUCGAGGACGUGGCUGUGGGCUUCAGCCAGGAAGAGUGGCAGCUCCUGGGCCCAUCUCAGAAGGCCCUGUGCUGGGACGUCAUGUUGGAGAACUACUGCAACCUAGUGUCAAUAGGAUAUCAGGCUCCCAAACCAGAUUCACUCUUUCAGUUGGAACAAGGAGGACCCCCGUGGAAGGUCAAGGGAGCAGCCCUGAGUCCAACCUGCCCAGGUGAGCAUUCUGUAUGGAUUCCAGGUGCCUUCUUUUGGGCUUCCCUGGUGGCUCAGAUGGUAAAGAAUCUGCCCACAACGCAGGAGACCUGGGUUCGAGUCCUGGGUCAGGAAGAUGCCCUAGAGAAGGAAGUGGCUACCCACUCCAAAGGUCGCAGCUCAUGGUCCACCAGAGAAGUCACACAGGAGAGAAACCCUGCGGGAUGUGGUGAGUGUGGAAAAGCCUUCAGCCGGAGGUGCCAGCUCAAGAGACAUCAGCGCUCUCACACCGGAGAGAAAUUAUAUGGCUGCGGUGCGUGUGGGAAGGCCUUUUCCCAAAAGGCUUACCUCAUUGCCCAUCAGAGACUCCACACAGGAGAGAAGCCCUACGAGUGCUGCAAAUGCAAAAGAAUCUUCUUUUUUAAGUCUGACCUGACCAAGCAUCAGAGAAUUCACACAGGAGAGAAACUGUAUGAAUGCAGCAAAUGUGGGAAAGCUUUUCCUUGGAAAUCAAAGCUCAGCUUACAUCAGAGGACUCAUUCAGGAGAAAGACCCUUCAGAUGUGGAGUUUGUGAUAAAGCCUUCAUGGUGAAAGCACAUCUCACUGUACAUCAGAGAACUCACACGGGAGAGAAGCCAUACAAAUGCUCCGACUGUGAGAAAGCCUUCUCAAAAAAGGCUCAGCUCCUGAUUCAUCAGCGAAUCCACACAGGAGAGAGACCAUAUAGAUGCAGUGAGAAACCCUUCAAAUGCAGUGCAUGUGUUAGAGCCUUUACGUCAAAAGCACAUCUCGUUAUCCACGAGAGAGUUCAUACAGGAGAGAGACCAUAUGAAUGCGCAAACUGUGAGAAGGCCUUCUCCACUAAGGCGUAUCUCAUGAUCCAUCAGCGAAUUCACACAGGAGAGAGACCGUAUGGAUGCAGUGAAUGUCCACAGGCUUUCAUCCAGAAGUCAGGUCUCACUAACCACCUAAAAAAUUGUCAUGCCAAAAGAAUUCAUACAGGAGAGAAACCAUAUGAAUGCCCCCACUGUAAGAAAGCAUUUACUACCCUGUCAGCUCUUAUCAGUCACCGGAGAACUCACACAGGAGAGAGGCCCUAUGGAUGCAAUGAAUGUCAGAAAGCCUUCUUUCGGAAAUCAGUGCUUGCUAAUCAUCAGCGAACUCAGCAUAGAGGAAAAUCCUGUGCACAGUGA